AUGUUUCGAAACAGAGCAAGCUCGCAGAAGCCGGCGGACGAGCUGUACGCCAGCUUCAGACAGAGCUUCCCUGAGCUAGGACCUGCGAAUACUGGCGCUCGUGGUUCUUUGCCUGUCACAACAGCGCUCGGUGACGCGAGCCUUGAAGUGACUGCGCAUCCCAAAGUAUUUGAGGAAGAUGAACAGAUCAAAGACCAAGACCCGACACCAAGAGGAGUGCUUGAGCCCUGGAGGUUCACGCCGUCUCUCAUGGACCCCAACUCCUUUGCUUUUGCUUCCUUUGCAAACCAACCUCCAGGAUACUAUACCCCCACUCCUGGUGGUACAAACACACUAUACCACAAUACAGCCGGAGACCUUCAUACGCCGACCUUAGGAAUCGGAAUUGGAACGCCCCUAUCCCUUCCCACGUCUGCAGGUGGCCUUCAUCCUGGAUCCACCGUGGAGUUCAGCACUUUCCAACCGCCGACCACGCAAGCGCCUACCUUCCAUAAUCCGAACCCUUUUGCGACGCAAGAACUCUUUGCUCCUAGUCAUUUCUCGCAACACCCCAGUGCUUUCGAGACGGGGCCCCUGCCGGAAGAGAUUUCUCCCACCAUGGAUGAUAUGUGCAUCGACACGGAUGGUCAGGAACAGUCGCCGCUCAUUGGAUACCCCCCUCAGGUAUACGACGGGACUUCACUGACUGCUGCCGCCGAUGCCAUAUCAUCUUCUAUUGAAAAAUUCCGAUUCCAAGUUACUCUGAAUGCGCCCACUGCCAUGAUUCGCCAUCCAGAGGAGAUUCCGGUAACCUACUUGAACAAGGGCCAGGCCUACUCGGUGUCCAUUGUGGAUACGGCUCCGCUCGUCUCCGUGCCAGGCCCGGUUAGAUACCGAACCUAUAUCAGAAUUUCCUUUGAGGAAGAGCAGCAGCGGCAACGACCCGGAGCCUGCUGGCAACUGUGGAAGGAAGGGAGAGGCACAAAUGAGGCUCACCAAAGAGGCGGCAGGCUGCAAGCAGUGGAGUAUGUGGAUCCUAACCAGGGCGGCGAUGACCCUCUGCGACGUCCCCGAGUAGAUCUCGACAGCGCCUCGUUCGAUGGCUUUGCCGUUACAUGGACCGCUGUGCCUGGCGCGCCAGCUGACUGCACCGUUGCUGUCCGAUUCAACUUUCUAUCAACCGACUUUAGUCAUUCCAAAGGUGUCAAGGGUAUUCCCGUACGCUUGUGCGCCAAGACUGAAGUCCUUUCGCUCGGCAGCCCCACUCCGCCUCCUGACAAUGGACUUGAAGUCUGCUACUGCAAGGUGAAGCUCUUCCGGGACCACGGCGCCGAACGCAAGCUUUCCAACGACGUUGCACAUAUCAAGAAGACGAUUGAUAAACUGAAGCAGCAAAUCAUGCAAGCCGAGGCCGGCAUGAAGGAUUUUGGUAAGAAGAAACGAGCUGGCUCGGUCGUAAAGCCUCCCUUGUCGACGAAGCCCGGGAAAGUCCCUAAGCACAAGCGAACCUGGUCCAUUUCUUCAGCCAGCUCAACUGGCGGUCGGACGGUAGAGGAUGACCUGCACUUCAAGCUCGCUGCCAUGCAGGAUAUGUUUACUUCAACCCGGCCAGUUAGCCUCUUGUACCUCAAAGGCGAGGAGCGCGACGACCCCGACAAGUUCCCUGUUCAAUUGAGUGGCGAAAAUCGGGAGCUUACCAAGGCGGAGCAUGCGAGCCUCCAGCACGAGUGGGAUCGCCGACAUAGCGUUGCUACGAUGGGUACUGGACAGUCUUCGUCUAUGGUUUCGCCGACUCCAAGCUCCCACUCCAUCCAAUCUCAGCCUGCACGGCGCGCUUCAAGUUACCAGGCGUCACCGCUCAUCCAAAGGGAAAAUUCGAAUGAAUGGGGAAACUUUCACCAGAUGGCAACGAAAGAUCUUCAGUCAUCAAAUCCGCAGCACCUUGCCAGUCCUCCGGAUCAACUGCCGGUCAAGAUCCAAAAGUCGCAAGUCGAGGAUUCGGAUAUGCUUACUGGCUGGAUCGAAGCGCUAGGAGUUGACGCGUCUUACCAGGCGCCAUCAGAGCCAAAGGUUAAGCCAGUCGCUUGUUUCUACAUUAAGCCGAAACUUGCUGGAAAACCUUUCGAGAAUGACUACUAUCGGGCUAUUUAUCUCAUGCAACGUACCGCCAAGGAUUUUGUCGACACUGUGGCCAGCAAGUGCAUGAUUGACUCGACAAAGGUCGCGAGGGCGAUUGUCGUCAACCCAAAGGGCCUCCAAAUUAUGGUCGAUGACGAUGUCAUUCGAGAAUUACCUGAAGGCCAGGACAUGGUGAUUGAAGUCGCUGAACUUCGGUCGGACCGACAACCCAUUAAACGUGAAUGGAAUUCGGACGCCAACGACACUCAAAUGGACGGCGACCUUGGCUCCGCUGACAACGACGUGCCAUCGGGCUUUGAACUCAAGCUCAUCUUCUAA